CCUGGCAGCACUAGCGGUUUAUUCUCACUGCAAAAAAAAAAUUGCUGCUGCAACAACUAAUAAAUAUAUAAUUUACAAGAAGAACAAGUAAUUACAAAUGUCUGGUAAGCGACAAGCAACAUCAAAUCUGAACCAUGACAACUGGGAUCAGGAUGAAGAGCCAGAAGAGAGGGGCACAUUUAAAACGGCGCCGCCAGAGGAGCUGAAAACACGCGUUAUCAAGAAGGCCACAAGACGCAAGGCGGGAGCCGGUGGAUCUGAUGCCGAUGAAGCGUCUGCCAGCACCAGCAACAGUGUAUUUAGCGGAUUUUCAGGUUUUGGCAAACCAGCAGCGUCUACAACCGCCGGCACCGGCAGCGCCUCUCCCUUUGCAUUUUUAACUAAUUUGACGGCUCCUGAUGGCGCUGCAAAGCCAAGCAGCAAUAUCAGUGCCAGCACUGAUAAGCCGCCGCCAGCCAAAAUGUUUUCAUUUGAAGCAAAGCCGAAGAAUGAAUCAACAAGUAAUGUCCUAUCAAGUGGCGCCUCAAUUUUUGGCAAUGCUUCAGCUACCGAACCCAUAAAACCAAUGUUCAAAUCAUCCGUAUCCGCUGAGAAACCAACUGCAAACAGUUUAACAACCACAUCGGCGGAAUUUCGCGAUUCUGUUGCUGAAUUGAAUAUGUCCGUAAUGAAAUUCCUAAAGGAGCACAUGGAUAAGAAUCCAUAUUGCAUUCUGACUCCAGUAUUCAACAGUUACGACAAGCAAUUGAAGGAAUUACAGCAAAAGGAAAAUGGCAAAAGCAAUGCAACAACCACAGCAGCAGCAACAACAACAACAGCAUCUGCAGCUCCAGCUGCAGCUGCAACCAUGAGCUUUUCAUUUGGCAAACCAAGCACUUCAAUUGGAGCUGGCAGCACCACUUCACCGUCCACAGCUUUGGGCAAGAAGCCCAACUGCACAGUUACCAGUGGCGGCACAACGACAAUCGCCGCAGCACCCAAGUUUUCAUUUGGCACUGUACCGAAGUCGUCCAGUUCAUCAAUAGGUUCAUCCACCAAGUCGGAGGCAACAUCUAGCGUAGCUUCACCGAUCAGCACUUUUAGCUUUGGCGUCAAAUCCUCGCCGACUGUGGCUGAUGGGUCACCCAAACCGAGUUUCUUCAGUUUUUCCAGCAAAGAAACUCCCAGUGCAGAUGCGUCUGCUACUGCUGCUUCUGCCACAUCGCCGCCAAAGACGAAUGGAUUCAGUUUUGGCUUGAAAACCGAUGAUAAACCGAGUACUUCUGGGUUUACAGGAUUCGGCAAAGCAGCCAGCAGCGAAACAAAGACUUCCGCAUCAGCGUCAGCUGGUUUUUCAUUUACAUCCCCAUCGACAACAUUUUCAUUUGGCAACGUGAAACCGCCGACAGCAGCAGCAAUUGAGACAGCUGGCGAUGCAGCAGAGGAUGAGGAUGAUACACCACCAAAAGCCGAGUUUAAUAAAGUAGUUGAAGAUGAUGCUACAUUCUCAAAACGCUGCAAGGUGUUUGUGAAAAAGGAUAAAGACUUUGCAGAUCGUGGCGUGGGCACCUUGUACUUGAAACCCGUCAAGGACUCGGAGAAGACACAGAUGCUGGUGCGCGCCGACACCAAUUUGGGCAACAUCCUUAUCAAUCUGAUACUGAGCAAAGGUUUGCCCUGCCAGCGUUUGGGUAAGAACAAUGUUAUGAUGGUGUGCAUACCAACGCCGGAGGAGACCAAGGCGACAUCCAUUUUGCUACGCGUCAAGUCUGGUGAGGAGGCUGACGAGCUGAUGGAACAAAUCAAGACGCACUCAGUCUAAGAAUGAACUCGUACAUUUAUAUGUUAUUUGAUUGUUUACAUUAACAAUUUAUGAAAAUAUAUAAACAUGAAAAUGUA